CUUUCGUUGCGUUGUACCUACCGUUCUUUGUUUUUGUAGCUGGUUUUAGCUUGCAAGUUGUAGGUAUUCUCCGAAGUCCUAAAAUAUAUAAGCUCAAAAAAUUGCUUCUACCACCAAGCCCUGCUACAAGUAUGAGCCUUCCACCUGAAGGAGAUGCAAUUCAGCUAAGCAAAAUGGAUGUUGAUUCAUCACAAUCUACUGGUUCUGCAGUUGAUGUUCCAGAUAAUGAAGCUCUGAAAAGUAUUGUUGAAGGAAUGGCCUCAUCAUCUGUGGAUGAAAAUGCUUCUGGAGCCAAGCCUAAAGCAGAUGCUGCUGAUAGCAUCCCUUCAUCAAGCUUUGCCAAGACUGCAAUAAAAAAACAACCUUUGUGUGUUCUUGUGCUUGGAAUGGCAGGUUCAGGAAAAACUAGUGUUGUAAGAAGACUCAGUACAUAUUUAGCCAGUGCUAGGAAGCCAUUUCAUACUAUAAAUCUCGACCCUGCUGUCAAGAGUGUGCCAUUCAUGCCUUACAUUGACAUUAGAGAUACAGUCAAUUACAAAGAAGUUAUGAAACAGUAUGGCUUGGGACCAAAUGGAGGCAUUGUCACAUCUCUAAAUUUAUUCUCUACCAUGUUUGAUGACGUUUUGAAAUUAAUAGCCAAGAAAGAAGACCAUUUGGAUUAUAUUAUUUUUGAUACACCUGGUCAAAUAGAAGUUUUCAACUGGUCUGCUUCUGGCCCCAUCAUUGCUGGGGCUCUUGCAUCUGUUUAUCCAACAGUAAUUCUUUAUGUAGUUGACACUGUUAGAUCAAAUAACACUCAAACGUUUAUGGCCAACAUGCUGUAUGCUUGUUCGAUUCUUUACAAGUACAAGCUUCCAUUCAUCAUUGCAUUCAAUAAGAUAGACAUAACUGACUGCAAGUUUGCAUUUGAAUGGAUGCAAGACUUUGAAGUGUUCCAAGAUGUACUGGCUGAAGAAAGCACGUUUUCCUCCAACCUUACCCGCUCCAUGUCACUCGCCCUUGAAGAAUUCUAUUGCAACAUCAAGGCUUGUGGAGUGUCCUCUUUCACUGGAGAGGGUAUGGCUGACUUGGUGGAGAAGCUAGCAGAGGGUGCCAUUGAGUAUGAAGAAUAUCGAGCAGAGUAUGAGCACCUCAAAGAAGAGUCAUCGAAGAGGAGAGAAGAAGAGAAGAAGAAAAGUAUGGACAAGUUUAAGGCUGAUAUUACAGCUGACGGUAAAGAACCCAUCAGCGUUGUCCGAGAUGCGAUCAGAAACGAGACAGAAAUGCUGGUCAACAAUUACCAGUCGGACUCUGGGAGCGAAGAUGAAGAACUAGACGCCGAUGAUAUCGAGGAAACCAAGGAGAUUGAAUCAUUCCAAAGCUUCCUCAGGCAGCAAAAAGAGAAGGCCGAACAGCAAAGAGCUCAUAAAAUAAGAGAGCAGAACCACCAAGCAGAAUGAAGUGAAUGAACUAAUAGUUAAAUUAGGUUGAAUUUAAGUAACGCGAAAAAAAGAAGACUUGCUUCUGUUUACAUCGACGAUCAGGAAGGCUAAAGAACUGUCUUAUGAUGGUCAUAAAUUAUUAGUGGUGUACGUACUUUGGUUUAGUUUGUUCAAUUUAUGAAAUUUCACAGCUUAGAGCUGAUCACAGCCUGCAACUCAAAUAAGUUAUGAAGUGCUAUAUUUCGCACUACAAUGUUUCCUUCUUCAGUUGAAUAUUUCUUUGUCUUUUGGUUGAACUGCUACACGGACCAAGUUCACUGUUGUCUUGUUUCUGAAACCAAUGACAAUAUUGCCUAAUUUUGCUAUACUCGCGUUUAUUCUCAAUUGGCAACAAGAUACCGCUAUACGGUACUGAUAUCUCUUUCUGCCAAAUUACGUUUCAAUUCUUAAACAUUAUCUCCAAGAAUGAUUUUUUUUACUGGGAAUGAUUCAUUAUGUACGCAACAGCCAUUCUGCUCUAUUUUGUUCACUUUGACGAACGUCGAAUGCAACCCCACGAUGCCCUGACUUCGGCAACCCUGCUCGUUGUGCAACAUGUUAUUUUCAUUGUGAUGAAGGGAUAUUCAUGUAAUGAAAUGCAAGAUGAUAGCAAAAACUGCUACUGAGACCA